AUGCUUGUAUUUUUAAGGCCGUCGUCAGUUGCAAGACCGCCAUUAUUACCAAGGACCCAGUUUCCCCAACAAAAAGAUGCUGGCACACAGACAGAUGCUGUAGCGGAGAAAGUAGACCCCGUGAAUCAGAGUGAAAGACAAUCGAUUGUCACUCGCACAUGGAGGAUACUUCGCAUCUGGUUGGCUGAGUUGCUCGGAACAGGUCUCCUUUCUUUUGUCUGUGUUCGGACCAAAACACAUGCUGCAAUCACCGGCGACCUACCGUCCGCCUUGAUGGGUCCUCUGGCUCUCAUCAUGGGCACGUGGCUUUCUGGACCAGUCAGUGGCGGUCAUGUCAACCCGGCAGUAACGUUGACCAUGACCCUCUGUCGGACACUUUCCCCAAUGUACUUGCCCCUGUAUUGGUCGAGUCAGCUGGCUGGUGCCUGCGCGGGAACCGCUUUGGCAUUCGCUAUGAAUGAAACCUCCAUGAGCCGUCUAGGAAAUCACACCGUUGAAUUCGGUAAUGCUGAUAAAACUCAAAUCAUAAGUGAGCUGUCUGCAAGUACAAUGUUCCUCCUCAACGUUCUCUCGGGUGGGGAUAAUAAAAGACCUGACUCUUGGAUGGCUGACGCCUUCACCAACCAAUUCCACCCCUACGCCAGUUACGUCUUUCUCAAAUCCGGAUUAGCCGGUGAAGGCUACUUCAACGUGACUUUCUACAGGGGCCCACUUUGCCCGCAUCUGGGCAUCUUCACGCCGCCUGCGAGUUUUGGAGCAAAAUUUCUCACCAGGAGGCAUGUGACGCAUCGCGUGGCGCUUUGGUUCGAAAACGAACUCUUACCUUGA